AUGUCCCACCCAUCCUGGCUGCCCCCCAAGAGUACCAACGAGCCUGUUGGCCACGUUGCUGCAAGGAUGGAGACCACACACACCUUUGGCACUCCCAGCAUCUCCGUGUCCACCCAGCAGACCCCAAAGAAGUUUGCACCUGUGGUCGCCCCCAAACCAAAGUACAACCCAUACAAGCAACCAGGAGGUGAUGGGGACUUCCUUCCUCCCCCUCCCCCUCCUGUGGAUGACCUUGGGAACAUCACAUCAUCACAAGGUGCCUUCCCCCCCCCACCCCCUCUGGAUGACGUUUCUUACAAUGUACAGCAAGUGAAUCCUGGUGGCAAGACCCUUGAGGAGAGGCGGUGCAGUUUGGAUGCAGAAAUUGACUCUCUGACCAGCAUCCUGGCCGACCUGGAGAGCAGCUCUCCGUACAAACCACGGACUCAACAGGGCUCUGGGACCUCAAGCAGCUCCGCUGCCACCACCCCGUCCGUGUCCACUCCUGUCACUGGCCACAAGCGGAUGAUCAUCCCCAACCAGCCUCCCCUCACCGCCACCAAGAAGUCCACUGCCAAGGGCCCGGGGCAGCCAGCGGCCAUCCCGGUCACUCCCGUUGGCACCCUGAAGCCGCAGCCGGUGCCAGCCUCCUACGCCACGGCCUCCACGCCGAGCCGCCCGGCCUUCAACGUGCAGGUGAGGACGGCGCAGCCCAGCCCGCACUACCAGCCGCCCUGCCCGCAGCCCGGCCACUACGGCAGCCUGGGGCCCGGCCAGGCCUACGCCACCGCGCCGUCCCGCCAGCCCGCUGCCCCUCAGUACGGAGCGCCGCAGCCCCAGGGCCCCGGCUACGGCUACGGCCCUCCGCCCGGCCGGCCCGCCGAGCCCGCCUACGGGUAUGCGCCCCCGCAGGGCCGCUACCAGGAGCCCUACUACGGGGGCUACGGCGGCAGGAACGGCUCCGAGGCGCCCUACGUGCCGCAGAGCUCCUGGAAGGCCGAGCCGGCGUAUCCUGCGAGUAAUGCCAUGGGCCAGGCUCCCCCUGCGCUCUACCAGCCACCGGGCACGAAGAAGACCUACAUCACUGACCCAGUGCUGGCCCCGCAGCCGCCCGCCCUGCAGCAGAAGAGUGGGUAUCCAAGCUCUGGACCUACAUCAAGCACUCCUGCCUUCAGGCCUGAGGAUGAGCUGGAACAUCUCACCAAGAAAAUGCUGUAUGACAUGGAGAAUCCUCCAUCUGAUGAGUACUUUGGACGCUGUGCCCGCUGCGGGGAGAAUGUUGUUGGAGAGGGCACCGGUUGCACAGCCAUGGACCAAGUCUUCCACGUGGAUUGUUUCACCUGCAUAAAGUGCAGCAGCAAGCUGAGGGGACAGCCUUUCUAUGCCGUGGAGAAGAAAGCCUACUGUGAACCCUGCUACAUUAGUACACUGGAGCAGUGCAGUGUCUGUGCAAAGCCCAUCAUGGAAAGGAUCCUCCGAGCCACUGGGAAGGCCUACCACCCCCACUGCUUCACCUGUGUGAUGUGCCACCGCAGCCUGGAUGGCAUCCCCUUCACUGUGGAUGCUGGUGGCAACAUCCACUGCAUUGAGGAUUUCCAUAAGAAAUUUGCCCCGAGAUGUUCUGUGUGUAAGGAGCCCAUCAUGCCAGCCCCGGGACAGGAGGAGACCGUGCGCAUUGUUGCCCUGGAUCGUGACUUCCAUGUGCAGUGCUACCGGUGCGAGGACUGUGGUGGCCUCCUGUCUGAAGGGGACAAUCAGGGCUGUUACCCUCUGGAUGGGCACAUCCUCUGCAAGACCUGCAACUCUGCUCGGAUCCAGGCUCUGACUGCCAAGGCCAGCACUGAUCUCUGAGUAUCAACUGUGACCCUCCCCAGGAUGCCCAUUGGGAGAUAUUGCACAAGCUUUGCAUGAUUUCUUUCCAGCCUAGGGUCUGAAUCUCUGUUAUUGCAAAAAAGAAAAAAAAAAAAAAAAAAAAGAAAA